CAUCAAAUAUCAAUAGAAGAAGAAAACCGUGCGUCGGUAAAAUAGUUCCCUCUUCAUUUCAAAACAUAAAGCAAAGUCAGGUGGGAACAGAGGAGAAUGGACGCACUUGCACACAUGCUUUCGGACCCUCUUGAUCCAAAAGAAGAGAACGAUGAGCAAAUCACCGAGGAGUGCAUGCUGGGGAACUGCAGAGUGAGCCUUCCAGAGGACCUCCUGGAGGACCCUGAAAUUUUCUUCUCUGUGCUGAGUGAAAGCACCUGGCGUGAAGUACUGUCAGAUUCACAGCGGCAGCACCUUCGUCAGUUUCUGCCGCAGUUUCCUGAGAACAAUAGUGUGGAGCAGGGCAGUACCAUCAGUGACCUAUUCAACGAUAAAAAUUUUAACUUUGGGAACCCCCUUCAUCUUGCACAAAAACUAUUCAGAGAUGGUUACUUCAAUCCUGAGGUGGUCAAGUACAGACAACUGUGUGCCAAGUCCCAGAGGAAACGACAGGUGCACUGCCUUCAGCAGUAUUACCACAGGCUGCUGAAGCAGAUCCUCGUCUCCAGAAAGGAGCUGCUGGACUUUGCAGUACAAAAUGGUCAGGACUUUCCACAUAAAAGAAGGUUACCAACCAAAACCCAUGCUGAAAUGCGGGAGGCAAGGGUGAGAAGAAGAUUGAGCCGCAUAAUGAAGGAGGUCAAAACUGAGUGUGGGGACAGCAAUGCUUCAUCUGAUGAUGAUGAUAUAUCACCAUGGACUCCGGCACCUCAGUCACCCUCUUCUCCAACACCCACAGUUUCAAUCAGAGUACUACCAAGCCUCUCCACCCAAGACAUGAAGAGUACUGAAAAAAUAGAACUUGGUGAGCAGGACUUGAAAGUCAUGCUGCAGAAUCAUCGUGAGAAGAGGAAGCGACAACCGGACCAUCCAGACUUGAUAACCUCUGAUAUCCACCUUGGAGACAUACUUUCAAGAGCAAACAUGGGUCGUAAAGGGACUAUGCCACUCUUCGAUCUGUCUUUGCCUAAGAAGAAGAUCAGAGAUGAGAGAAGGAAGAAGAAAAUGAGGACGAUAAAAGUUGAAUCGGAGGACACCUGUGACACUAUUGCACCUCCAGACACCCCAUCAGCUCCACCAGCAAACAUAAUCAACUCCAUGCCAGAUACACCGUCUACCCCGCUAACCAACAUUAAGGAGGAAGUUGUGGAGGAGUGUCUAAGCAGUCCCGUUCCAGUUGAGGAAAUAGUCGCCAGUUUUUUCAGCUUGCUGGAAAACAUCUUGAGGACAGAAGGUCCUGCCAGUACUUCAGUGUUGGAGGAGAAAGUUCAAAUAUGGCAGUCAUCUCCAGCAAGUCCCAUUAAUGCAUGGUUUUCUUCAGCCUCGUGCUGGUCUGACUUGGUUGUUCAAGCCCUGCAGUUUCUUGCAGGAGAGACUAAAGAUGGCAUGAUGGCACUGCCCAGUGGCUUUUCUCCAUUUGUGGAAUUUUCUGAUGAAUGUCAACAGUGGAAGUGGAUCGGUCCCACUCAGGAUACAGAGAAGGAUUUGAGUGCACUCUGUCAGUUGUGGUUAGACUCCAAAGAUUUCAUUGUCAAGACAGAAAAUGAAGAAACAUUAGAGAUGACCUCUCCCACACCGAGACUUUCAACUGAUUAUGUCGUGCGUCCCAGCACUGGAGAUGAGAGACAAGUGUUUCAAGUCCAGGAGCAGCAACGGUACAACCAGCCACAUAAGGCUUUCACGUUUAGGAUGCACGGCUUUGAAUCUGUGGUGGGUCCAGUUAAAGGCGUGUUCGAUAAGGAGAUGUCACUAAACAAAGCCAGGGAGCACACGCUGCUGCGCUCAGACCGACCACCAUACGUCACCAUUCUUUCUCUUGUACGGGAUGCAGCAGCCAGAUUACCCAAUGGGGAAGGAACGAGGGCAGAGAUCUGUGAACUGCUGAAAGACUCACAGUUUCUUGCUCCAGAUGUCACAAGUGCACAGGUGAAUACUGUUGUCAGUGGGGCUCUGGAUAGACUUCACUAUGAGAAAGACCCCUGUGUGAAGUAUGACAUUGGCCGCAAACUGUGGAUUUACCUGCACCGCAAUCGCAGCCAGGAAGAGUUUGAGAGGAUCCACCAGGCUCAAGCUGCAGCUGCUAAAGCCAGAAAAGCUCUACAGCAAAAACCGAAACCAGCAGCUAAACCUAAGUCUGGAAGCAAAGAUGGAAGCAACAAAACUGGAUUUUUGGAAGCAGGACAGGAUAUAAGUUCUAAUCCCAUGUCACCAAUCCCAACGACACCCACUCCGAACACACCUGGAACCCCCAAAUCACCCUUACCCUCCACAGCCACCACACCAACAAAAACCGGAGUCCCAGAUACAAUCAAAACCAGCCCAGGUGUUCUUCUUGUGUCCCCUCCAUCGUUGCCCCAGCUGGGAACCAUUUUGCCCACAAGUCAGGCUUGUCCACCAGCUUCACAGCCAGUUACAUCCCACGCAGCUCGUUUAGUGAGUCACCUGGCGGCAGGUUCUCUCCCACAAGUACGAGUCGUUCCUGCUCAGCCUGGCCUUGGGUCAUCGGCAGGAAGUCAGCAAGCCACACUGGUGCAUCAGACCCCUCACCAGAUCCGGAUGCCAGUGUCAGUGGCAGCUAAAGGAAUUUCACAGCAGGCUGUGGUGUCUGUGCCUUUAAGAAGUCAACCUGCUAGCAGUCCAAUCCAAGUUCCAACCACAUUGUCUGUGUCAGCUGUGACUGUGGCCAAACCUCAGUCUGGAUCACCUGGUAGCCCAGCUAACAACCCUGCUUCUCCAGCUGUGCUGCAAGGAGUCACCAGCCCGAACAUCAAACAGGUGUCUAUCACAGGACAACUGGGAGUAAAGUCUCCAGGAGCAGGAAUUCCUAUCACAGCUACAAACCUUCGCAUCCAGGGAAAAGAUGUCCUACGCCUUCCACCAUCAUCCAUAACCACAGAUGCUAAAGGCCAAACAGUGCUGCGGAUCACCCCAGACAUGAUGGCUACACUUGCCAAAUCCCCAGUUACGACUGUCAAGCUCACUUCUGACUUUCUGGGCUCUGCCUCCACAGGCGGCAAGAGCAUAUCAGCCACUCUUCACGUGACACCACCCCACCCUUCACCUUCUUCGGUGUCCAGUGCUGCAUCCUGUACUGGGGAAGUACAGACCACUAAAGCAGGACACGUUGCCUCGACCUUGUUAAAGGCUGCAGGAGACACAACCAUUCGUUUGAUGCCCACGUUGGCCGUAACUGUGGCCGACCAAAAAUCUAGGACUUUCUCCACUGUGACCUCCCCAGACAAGGCCGGCGCCACUAUUCGGAUAAUGCCGGGCCUGGGUGUAAUUCCACAGAAACCAGGUCAGACCAUCACAAUGACCACCACCACUGGCAGUAAACCUCUCACAGCAACUACAUGUGCUAACGUAGUGACCAUGCCUGCCAGUGUUGUGGCCGGUGCUAAAGGGAUCACAGUGGCUUCUGGAGCUUCGGGGUCAGCUCUGACGCUAGGAACAGCUACAGCUGUGCGACAGGUCCCUACUACAGUUGUCACCACACAAACGGGGAAGUUACCCACACGGAUCACAGUCCCCCUGUCUGUCCUCAAUCAGCCACUGAAGAGCAAGAGUGUUGUGACGACACCCAUUGGGAAAACAAGCCUGAACACAAAUAUUAGCAGCCUGGGCAGAAACAUCAUUCUCACCACCAUGCCUGCUGGCACGAAGCUGAUUGCAGGAAACAAACCUGUCAGUUUUGUCACAGCGCAACAGUUCCAACAGCUUCAGCAGCAAGGACAGGCCACACAGGUUCGGAUCCAGACAGUUCCAGCGCAGCAGGUUCAGCACAUGGCUGCAGGCUCCCCGAAAUCUGUUUCAACAGUCGUAGUCACAACAGCACCUUCACCAAAAUGUACACCUGAUACUCCACCGGCUCCACAACAGUGAUCUCAUCCUGUCAGACUAUAAUGACUCAUAGGUCAAGGAUGCUAUAUAUGUGCCAGGAUUGUUGUUACUGUUUUUUUUCUUUUUGUCCGAUAUUUAUCAGAGUUUUAGUUCAGUUUGCAAGUUAAAAAACAUAAAAGCCAGAAACCUUAUUCUUCCCUGAAAACCCUGUUGGCUUUCUUUUCUUUUUCUCCAAGUUGUAAGUAUUACCUGCAAAUUCUGGUCAUUUAUUAACAAAAUGUUACCUCCCAAAUUUGUUUCUCCACAUUGUUAUAAACAAAAUAUAUCAUAAGAAAUUCAGCCUGUUUAUAAUCUUUCCAUAGAAAUUCCAGGCGCAAGUUUGUGGGAAAACUGAAAAGUCUACAUGGUCUCUUGAUAACCUCAAACAACAACUUGUCAGAUUGUAUUAAAGUACUAAUUCAGUUUAAUAUAAGCAAGUUGUGAUUUGUUAAUAAAAUACUUCAAUAUA